CCUUUACCACUACAAGCCAUCACUAGCAAAACAUGAUUUUGCCUGUGCCUUUUGGCCAGUAGCCAUCAUUUUACUAUUAUGAAGUAGCUGACGUAACACUAUUCAGUCACUGCUUCGACAUUUAUGCUUCUAAAAGUUCUUCCAUGGGGGCCUAACAUUUGCGGUGUACGAAGAUAGGCCUCCAGUUUUGUUUACACAUGAACCAACCGAACGAAGUUUAUGUUGCCAGACUGUAUUCUAGGGCGUGACUUGUUUUUUUCCCAAGACAAGCUACACAAGGGUGGGGACCCCUGAUAAAGAAUAUUAGUGGCUCGAGAUUUAAUAGGAAAAGGAUCCCAAACUUUCAAUCGCUAUCUUAAAACUUCGUUUGUGGCAGAGCCACACACGUCAGCCAUACAGUGAGUGGUUCUGCCAAACUAGAUAACAAGCAAAUUUGCAGUUAACGACCUUCUUAGUCCUUAACCCCUGAAAUUGCAACCAUGAGCAUCUCCAGACGCCACUCCCUCUGCUGAAACCGCCAAGAUGGCUUAAAUGUUAACAGCAGGUGAGUACAGCAACCACAGCCGGCAUCUGCAGCCGGAAACAAGCCCGGUCGAGCUGAACUUGCCCCGAGUGCUCAGCGUCCUGUCUUCCACGUUAGAGAAGCUGGUGGCUCGCAAUGAAAAGCUCGUGGAUAUCAUGAACCAGCAGCUAGAUGGACUGAACUGUGGCUCAGUAAGACUUGGGAACAGCUUGAAUACAUUCCAUGGAGUAAGAGCCCCAAGCAUAAGCAUACCUAAGUACUUGGAGAGGAUAUACAAGUACACUAAUUGUAGCCCCUCGUGUUUCGUGGUUGGCUAUGUGUAUAUAGACAGGUUAACACACAGACACCCUGAUUCUCUUGUCACAUCCUUGAAUGUGCACAGGUUGCUAGUUACCAGUGUCAUGGUCGCUUCCAAGAUGCUGGAUGAUGAACAUUAUAACAACGCCGUAUAUGCUCGAGUAGGAGGAGUGAGCAAUGCUGAACUCAACAAGCUUGAGUUAGAGUUACUCUUUCUGUUGGAUUUUAGAGUUGUGGUAAGCUCUCGGGCUUUUGAGAACUACUGCUUUCACCUAGAAAAAGAGAUGGUGGUUAAUGGCACGGGCCUGAAAAUUGAAAGGGCAUUGACACCAAAGGCUAUGGAUGACUUAGAGGCUGAAAUAUCCGUUGAAAAUAAACAAAGCCCUUCCCCACCUCAAAUUUCAGACUGACACGACCAGUGUUUGGUUCUUGUGGGUCCCAUGCAUGCCCUUCAUCUUCAUGGGCAGUUUAUUUUCUUGUAUUUCAUGUCCAUGUGAAAGCUUUUGUGACGACUUCUGCUUCCUGCAAUAAAAGUACGAGGCUGGUAUAUUUAUGAUUCAUGCCAACUGCAUCAAUUCGGCUUUCAUAACAAAAUACAGUUAUGCUAGCUUUUCAUCCUUUUUCCA